AUGGAGAAACCCUUGCAGCUGGUUUACAACAAGGAUGGGAAGCUGCAACUUAACCCAGAGGCUCUGAAGGUUCUCCAGUCCAUUGAGGAUCCAAUGGUUGCUGUAGCUAUGGUUGGUGCUGCUCGUACAGGGAAGUCCUACCUCAUGAACUGUCUCGCGGGAGACAAGAAGGGAUUCUCAGUGGAUUCAACCACACAGACUCACGCCAAAGGAAUCUGGAUGUGGUGUCGCUCCCUCCCUGAGAGACCCAAUGAGGUCCUCCUGUUGUUGGACACUGAGGGUCUGGAAGAUCCUGAGGGAGACAUCGACAAUGAUAAUUCCAUCUAUACACUGGCUAUCCUUCUGAGCAGCAUCCUCAUUUACAAUGGUCAAAAAAACAUCGACCAGCGAUCCCUGCAAUACUUACAUUUUGUGACUGAAAUGUCGAAGCAGAUCCUGUUGAAGUCCCAGCCCAAUGUUUGUGACAGUUGGGACUUCGUCCGUUUCUUCCCUGAAUUUGUCUGGCUGAUCCGUGAUUUGACACUGGAUAUGCACAUUGAUGGGGAAGAUGUGACUCCAAAUGAGUACCUGGAGCACAGCCUGAAACUGGACUGUGAGAUCAGUGAGCAGGAUAAGGAAUAUAAUGAACUCCGCAGGUAUAUCCGCAAUCAUUUUCCCUCACGUUGCUGCUUUGCAUGUCCCACUCCCACAUUCCGGAAAAAACUCAAGCAGCUCCAGGAACUGGAGUACAAGGAUCUGGAUGAGGAUUUUGUCAAGGAGCGGCAGAAACUCAUCAAUUACAUUCACACCCACAAGAAAGUCAAGAGAGUUCUUGGAGGUCAGCUGGUCACGGGCAGGAGAUUUGUUGAAUUGAUCAAGAUGUACGUGGACAUGAUGGCGGAUGGGGUCCUACCGUGUGCGGAGAACUGUGUCGCCAAAUUAGCGGAGGUGGAAAAUGAAGCAGCAGUAGAUGAAGCCUUCAAAUUCUAUGAUAAUGAAAUGAGAAUAAUCUCAAAAUCUGACUGUCUUACUAUGAGCAAGCUCAUAGAGAAUUACAAUAUGAAGAGCAGAGAGGCAUUCAAUAUCUUCCAUAAAAGAUCUAUGAAUAACAACUGUGGAAAAUACAUCCAACAGCUGGAGAGGAAGAUGCAUUCCACUUACAAGUCUGUCAUGGCCAAGAUCAAGGAAACCUCACAAGAGCAAUGUAAAAUACAUCUAGCAAAAGAAUUGGCAUCAAUAAAAGGAAACCUGGCAUCUGGAUAUUACCAGAGGGAUGAUGGUUUCCAGGAGCUGAAGGAGGAUCUUGAUAAGGCCAUCAAGGAGUAUGAAGAAAAGACCAAGGACGAAAUGGAGGGGUGUGCUGUCCUGACCCACUUCCUGAAAGAGGAAAAACAUCAUCUAGACCAAAUACAAAAGAUGGACAGCAAGCUGGGAAAGGAAGAAAACCUUGUCUCUGCUUGGGAAGAGGAACUCUCAAGGGUGAAACAGGAGAUGAAGAAGAUGGAGCAGGAGAGGAAGGCGGCUGAGGAAUGCAGGCAUAAGGAGAUCAAGCAGCAGAUCAGGAAGAGGAUUGAGGAGGGUAAAAAGUGCAGUGAGGAGGAACUGAAGGAAGCCAUGGAGCAUACGAGGAGUGAGAUGGAGAAAUACAAAGUCGAAGGCAGGGAGGAGGAUGCCGAAAGGGCUCAGCAGAGAUACGAGUACCUGAAAAAGAAAUAUGAAGAGCCAACAGAAUGGAGUUUCAUGAAUUUCAUGAAAUUUAUAAGGGAGCAUGCUCCUGAUAUUAUUGAUGUGCUCAUGAUUGUGAUGGUUGCUGUAGCAGAAUACAGAAGGGUGUCAUCAUAA